AUGGCCAUGAAAAAUCAUUAUAUCCUUGAUUCAUUUCAAAGAGCAUCUAAUAUUAGAGUCCCAUUAGCACCCACUGUUAAAUUCGAAAUAAAUCUAGAAAUUUUUCAAAUGCUCCCUAAUUUUCAUAGAUUGCCUUUAGAGAAACCUCAUCAACACUUAGAAAAAUUUCAUAUGGUCUGUGAUUUAGUUAAUCUCCUUCAAGUUACACUAGAAAUUAUUAAGAUGAAAUUAUUUCCUCAUACACUUAGGGACAAAGCUAGUCAUUGGCUAUCCACAUUAGAUAGAGAAUUAACUAGCUGAAAAGAUAUAGAAUAGCCUUUCUUCGAAAAUUUUAUCUCUUAAGAAAAACUCAAAAUAUAAGAAAACAUAUAUAGAGUUUUUCUUAAAGACUAGGAGAAACUUUGCAUGAGACAUAGGAAAAAUUUAAAGAUUUACUUAGAAAGUGUCCUCAUCAUGCUAUACCCAAGUGGCAGCUCAAUAGAAUUUUUUAUGAUGGAUUAUUAGAACAACAUAGAAAUAUAAUUGAUUAUAUAUGUGGAGGAGCUUUUAUGAAGAAAACUCCUGAUGAGAUUUACAAUCUUUAUGAGAAUUUAAGUGAAAAUUCUAGAGAUCAAGCCUCUUUUGAAUUAUAUGACAAGGAUAAGAAGAGAGGAAUUUAUGAAUUGCAUUAUGAUGAUGAUUCUAAACUUAUAAAAGAGGUUAAUUAG